CUAGACUCAGAUUUCAAAGCUUCUACUUCAAACUUAUAAUUACUACCCGCCGGAAAAAAAAAAUAAUGACACAGCUGUUAAAAUAACAAGUAUUAUGAAAGGUCCAAGAGAGCCAAAAGCGGCUUUACACGCUAAUAGGAAAAGACGAAAAUCUUGUCGGAGAAGGCUACAGGUUCUGCAACUGAGAUUCGUCCCGUCGAAGACGGCGGCGGAGGCGAGGUCCAGCCUCGAGGACGGCCGGAGGGUGGCGUCCGCCGAUAAGAAUUCGUCGACUUCUUCUACUGAGUCUUCCGACGACAGCAGUAGAAGAGGCGAGCAGGCCACUGAUGCUUGCGGCGGCGGCGGCGAAGGGCCGUCGGCGGGGAGCAAGAUUGGGGACUUGGUGUACGGGCACGUGUCGAUGAUGGGGCGGAGGCGGGCGAUGGAGGAUAAGGUGACGGUGGCGCCGCUGGGGUGGAUGGCGGGGGAGUACUACUUCUUCGCGGUGUACGACGGGCACGGCGGGGAUAAGGUGGCGGAGAAGUGCGGGGAGAAGCUGCACACGUGUCUGGCGAGGCACAUAGAGAAGGCGAAGAAGCUGCCGGAGGAGAGAGAUAUUGACUGGGAGAAGGUGAUGGCUGACUGUUUCAUCAGCAUGGACGAGGAGAUUGACCGGAACGACGGGGCGCCUGCGCAGGGUGAGGAUUGCGCGGCGGCGGCGGCGGCGUACAAGAAUAUGGGAUCGACGGCGGCCGUGGUGCUGGUGGGUAAGGUGGAGAUGGUGGUGGCCAACUGUGGGGAUUCGAGGGCGGUUCUUUGCCGCGGCGGGGUGGCAAUCCCCAUGUCCACUGAUCACAAGCCUGAUAGAGAAGAUGAGAAAGAGAGGAUAGAAGCUGCUGGGGGCGAGGUCAUAAAUUGGAACGGCUGGCGUGUCCAAGGUGUACUUGCUACUUCUAGAUCCUUAGGUGAUCAGUAUCUGAAACCAUACGUAACCUCGGUGCCUGAGGUGAGUGUAGUAAGCCGAUCCGAUUCCGACGAGUUUCUAAUAAUAGCGACCGACGGUUUAUUCGAUGUCAUCUCCAACGAGGUUGCAUGCGAAGUUGUGAAGAGAUGUCUGGAUAAUAACAGUCGAAGCCGUAGACACGAGGCCGGUGCUUCUCAUGCAGCUACUCUGUUGGCUGAGCUGGCGAUCGCGAAGGGAAGCAAAGACAACAUAAGCGUCAUCGUUGUGCAGCUGAAUAAGUGA